AGGAUGAUAACGAGGUGCUGGGCUGCAGUGAACGUUUUGAGGGUUUGAUUCAGUCCUCUGCGACCACGAGGGACGAUAUAGCGUGUUCAUUUCUCCCUCUUAUUUCUUCUCUCCGUCCCUCUUUAGUUCCCUUCUGGAGUUGUAUGACCUAGUUGUUGCGGCGUUUAAUCAGUCAGUCAGUCUUUCAUCCCUUCUCUCUCGUUUGCAUUUGUAAAUACCAGAUACUCCUUGGGGUAGUUUAGGGCACCACUGCAAAUCAUUAAGGGAUAAAAUCAAGCACGAACAUAAGUUUCCAGAGAGGAAAAAGAAAAGAUUAAAAGCUACACGUUCUCGAUCCGAAAAGAGGAGCUUAACUUAAAGUUGAAAAUAUAAAGUAAUUGAAUAAGUGAGGAUCGAAUUGUUUCUCCUUUGCGGCCACACAAACGAGCAAUUCACCCUCUGAAUAAGCCGCCGCGUCGCCCCUCUCUCCGUCAGCCGCCGCGAUGGGGAAGCCGAACAACGAAAACUGUCUGAAGAAGGCGAGCAACGCCAUCUCCAAUGGACUUCAAAGGAUAUUCUUCAGGUACGGCCGCAGCAUCGCCACCUACCCCUGGAUCUACAUCGCCGUCUGCGUGGUGGCGACGGCUGCCUGUUGCGUGGGCCUCAUGAACUUCUACACAGAGACACGCGCAGAGAAGCUUUGGAUUCCGCAGGACUCAGACUACGUGAAGACCCUCAAGUGGCAGGGCGAGAACUUCCCCAACAACCAGCGGGCGGAGUUGAUCCUUUACGAAGCCGGCAACGUACUCACGGCGGAGUACAUACGAGAGAUGUACCGAGUAAGGAAGGAGCUGCGGGAGAUCGUCGUGACGGAUAAGUACGGGAGGAGUCUGUCACAGGAGGACCUUUGUUACAAAGUUCCAGUGGUGGCCACGUAUGAGUUUCAAGAGACGGUGGAGCAAGACUUCGAGGGGGACAUGGACGCGCUCCCCGAAGUGCAGGCGGCGCCGGAGAUGGCCUGCUACGAGCUGAACCUCCUAGACGUGUGGCAGGACAACGAGACCACCAUCCAGGGCCUGACCGACGAGGACGUGAUUAAGGACGUGAACGCCGCCAACACCAGUGCCACUCUGGGCUUCCCGUUGGAUUUCAUCGGGCUCCUGGGUGGCGUGCAGACGAACGCUGAGGGCCUGGUGGUGGAGGCUCGCAGCGCCCUCACCACGAUACUGAUGGAGGUGAACCGCACUGAGGUGGACAUGGGGGACGUGGGCACCGGCGAGGGUCUCUCCGAAGAUGUAGACUUGGAGCUGUACGAGUGGGAGGCGCAGUUCAUCCGAGUGGUGGGCAACGACACUGGACGACCCGAGGGUUUGAAUGUGUACCUCCAGUCAGCGCGGAGUUACGGCGAGAUCAGCGGGGACACCAUAGUGGGGGACGUGUUUUAUCUGGCGGUGGGCAUGCUGCUACUCUUUGUCUACGUCCAGGUGAUGCUGGGGAAGUUCAACCUGGUGGAGACUCGGCCCGUGUUGUCCCUACUGGGCCUGGUGUCUGUGGGCAUGGCUGUGGGCGUGUCCUUCGGCCUCUGCUCAGCCUUCAACGUCCCGUACGGCCCCGUGCACUCCAUCCUGCCCCUGCUGAUGCUCGGCUUGGGCGUGGACGACAUGUUUGUCAUCGUGCAGUGCUGGAACAACCUGAAUGUCGCUGAGCGACGGAAGGAGAUGAAGGAGAGGGUUGGCCUAGCGCUACGUCACGCCGGGGUCGCCAUCACCAUUACCUCCCUCACUGACUUCGUGGCUUUCGCUAUUGGUGCCAGCACUGUGCUGCCAGCCCUUCAGUCAUUCUGCAUCUACUGUGCUAUUGGCAUCAUAGCACUGUAUGUGUUCCAGGCCACCUUCUUUGUGGCAUGGUUCACCCUUGACCAGACCAGGAUGGAAAAGCAUCGCAAUGGGCUGCUCUGGUGCUACACACACAAGCACUGGACGCCAAAUGCCUGCUCCCAAAAGGACCUAUGUCAGAUGUUCUUCUCAGAGAUUUACUCUAAAUACCUCCUAAUGAAACCAGUCAAGGUGUUAGUGUUGGCAGUGACAGCAGCAGUGUUGGGAACCUGUAUAUGGGGUGUGACCAACCUUAGGCAGGAGUUCAACCCUGUGUGGUUCAUCCCUGAGUCAUCCUACCUUUACCAGUUCAUCUCCAAGGUCCAGUACUACUACCCAGAGUCAGGUGAGAAGGGCCUGGUGUACCUGGGUGCCCUUGACUAUGCAGCAGAACUCCCCAGCAUCAGCCUGCUGGAGGACAAGAUGAAAAGCAGCAAGUACAUCUCCUCUGUGGACUCGUGGUAUGACAGCCUGGUCAGCUACACCUUGGACACUACAGGAGAAAACAUUGAAGGAAUGGCCGUGAAUGCAUCCUUCUUUGGGGAGAUACUUACAGGCUUCCUCUUCUCUGGAGAAGGUGGUCGCUUUCAACAAUACUUCAAGUUUGAGAAUGACACCAUCUUCCCAGAACCUCAUGUCCUGGCCAGCAAGUUAGGUUAUCAGCACACCAUCUUGAACACUUCCAGUCAGCGCAUUGCAGCCAUGGACCAAAUGAAGAGCUUUGUGGACUCUGCAAAUUUUUCUGGCUUUGCAGCCCCAAUUGCUGCUGAGUAUAGCAACUGGGAGACAGACAAGAUCAUUGCAGAAGAGCUUAUCCGCAACCUGGCUUUGGCUAUGGCGGCUGUGUUUGUGAUGACACUGUUGCUCUUGGCCAGCCUUAUCAGCUCCAUCUAUGUGCUGCUCUGUGUGGUGCUGACACUGGUUGAUGUCAUGGCUUUGAUGACCUGGUGGGGCCUCACUAUUGACACAGUGUCCUGCAUCAACUUGGUCCUCUGCAUUGGUUUGUGUGUUGACUAUUCUGUCCACAUCGCUCUUCACUUCCUGCAGAUAAAGGGAAGCCGUGAUGAAAGAGUGAGGGUGACAGUGAAGGAAAUGGGCCCUCCAGUGCUGAAUGGUGCCUUCUCCACCUUUCUUUCAUUCAUCCUUCUGGCAGGCUCAGAGUCUCAUGUCUUUGAGUCAUUCUUCAAGAUAUUCUUUGGAGUGUUCAUCUUUGGUGUGUUCCACGGGUUGGUGUUCCUGCCAGUGCUGCUGAGUCUGAUUGGUCCUGCACCCUACAGCACUGGCUCAGCUGCCCCACUGGAUAGUGAGAACAUUUCCAGCUACUCCAGUGAGAAGAUGCUGGUGAUCAAUGGCCAUUCAUACACCCAGCACAUGUGAGAGUGAGAGGAAGAUGGCUGCAGAAAAAACGAAAUCUCAAGCUAUUUAUUUAGUAUAGAAUUUCUAGCAGUAGGUAGCCAUUUUGUAUUCACAGUUGUAUAUUAAUUUUUUUUUACUUAUUUAUUACAUGUUA